UCUCUCUCUCUCUCUCUCCUCAGUCUCUCACUGUAGACAUGAACAUGUGUUCCUCAGGGGUUUACAGGAUUAGCUUCGGCCCGCAGCAGCACAAGGUUGUGGUGAUCGGAAACGUGGCUGCGGAAACCCUCGUAAAGAAGCUCACCAAGUCGGGGAAGCAUGCCGAGCUCUGGCCCGAGCCGCUGCCGGAUGAGAACGCCGGUGGGGGCGGGGGUGGCAAGAAGAAGAAGAAGAAGAAGAAAAAGAAGAGCAAGAACAAGAGUGAUGGCAUGCCAAAUGCGCCACCGGAGGUCCCCGAGAACAAUCAAAGCUCCUCCGGCGAAGAGAGCUCCCCCGAAGCUCCCGAUAAGCCAGAGGGGGAAUCCCCGAAGGGCGACGACAAGGAGCCGCCUCCGGCGCAGGAGAAACCGAAUGGAACGGAGAAGGCUGCCGCCACCAAUGCAGGUGGCGGCAAGAAGAAGGGGAAGAAGAGCCACAACGCAAACAACAACAACAACAGUGGAGGCGGUGGCAAUCCUGGUGGACCCGGAGGGCCUCCACAAGAGUUCGGCAAGAAAGCAGCAGGCGGCCUUGCGAUCCCACCGGCACUUAACCUUCCCUUCUACAGCACCUCACAGCUGCCAUCUUACGUGGUGAGCUACAGCUCGGUGCAUCCGAGCAACAACUACGGCGGAGCGUACCACCCGGCGGCGCCGAUGCAGCACGGCAACUUUGUCUACUCCACGGCCGCCCCCGGCUCUUGCUACAUCUUCAGCGAAGAGAAUGCCAAUGCUUGCAGCGUCAUGUAGUAUAUACCUUUCCUUUAUCACCGGCCCUUCAAGUACGAUGCAUGGGUCAAUGGAGUCGAGCUUAUCGAGUCGGAUUUCGGUGUAUUGUAUUGACGCUGCAGCUUUUGUUGUUGUUUUGUUUUAUCAUGUAAAUAAUGUUCGAAGUUAAUCCAAAAACAGAGGAUUAAUCUAACUUCUA